AUGCGAGUUGUGCGCCCAGCCAGCCGAAUUCAAAUGCAAAAGAUGCCCUGGUUGGUUCUGCUCAGAUAUGCGCUGGUUGCCCUCAGUUCUUUGCGCCAUUUUAAAGUAGCAUGGGAGGGGGUACUGCACUUAAUUCAUCGCGAGUUGAAAAUCCUUGAGGAAAGCCCGACUUUUAUGGGCUCGGAAAGAGAAAGGCAGGAGUUCAAAAAAAGAAGGAAGCAAAUAGCCACUGUUGUCUUAGAGACGAGCACAGGGGCAGCUCAAACGUGGGUCGUGCAGGGGAACUUCACCCUGGCAGUCGCUGGGGCCCUCUACGCCGCCAGGACAGCCGAAAUGCUCUUCGGCACCGACUCUUUAGAAGUAGUUCAUCCGCAGCUCCUCCUUGCACAGAUUUAUUUGGGGCUUAAUCAACUGCAUUCAGCAGAAGAGCUGUUGAACAUGGUGUACUGCGCCGCCUGCGAGUUCGGACCCACGAGCUUUCGGAUGGUGCCGGCUUUCUUUAGCAUGGCAGAAGUGUUCAGGAAGUGCGGCCACCCAGAUUCCCACACUGCAUGCAAAGCGAUGUACACAAAAGUGUGCGAUAUAAUAAUAAGAUGGUUCGAGCAGAACGCGGACAUGACCCCAAACGCAGAGGGGACAGCCUCGCCUAAAUCAACUGCAUCGGGAGAAAACUGCAAAGAAGGUUUUGCCAAGUCUCGACUGGAGAUGCAAGAAGCCACGGAAACCGUGCGGCAAAUUAUUGAACACUCCAAAAGCAGCCCUACGGAGUCCUCCGAGCUGCAGAGUAUGGCCCUUUGUGCAAUGGGUCUAAUUCACGCACAGACAGACGACCUUGAAUUGGCCAAAACGUAUAUUCAACAGGCGAAGCAAUUGUGCAACGCUGAGACGGGUAGGAACUGCAGACUGUACAAGAAGUGCGAAAUGUUUGAAAACGUGAUCAGCAGCAUGCAGAUGAAAGCUCUCAAAGACGAUAACCAAAAGUCAGAAUGA